AUGAAUAAUAAAAUAAGUUAUUUGUUAAAUACUGUUAGAUACAUGCAUAGAUGCAAUUCUGUGCUCACUCCCAGAUCUUCAGCCACAAGAAAACACGUUUUAUGGAUUGGCAGGUACAGGAAUGUCCUGGAAAAUGUGUACUUCAGGAAAUCAUUUUUAAAUAUUUGUCCUCUGCAUGGAUCAUCUUUUCAAUUUCUGUCUCAAAAGACAGAUGUUUUUAGCACAGGUGCUAAGAUACAACCAGAGAAGAAUACAGGGGCUUUGGUGAGUGAGCAGGCUCCCCAAAGCUCCUUAGGACUUGAAAAGUUGGAUGGCUCUGGGAGCAUCAAUGUGAAGCAUGUAAUGGAACACAGUGAACCGUUCUUUAAUAGUCUCCAGAAAUGUACCUGUCCUUCCGAUGUCCUGGACUUGGCUUCAGAGUCUGCUGUUUCCACUAAGCACUUCGCAAACUGUUUAACUACAGUGUGGAGGCUCUUCAGAAGCCUGUCAGAAGACCAGCAGCGUUACGAGAAGCAGCUGAUCUUUGAGCACCCAGCGUUUGUCAAGCUUUGUCAGCAGUUGCUGCAGGACGCCAGAAGGAUGACGCGGGGUGACCUGGUGUUCGGUCUGCAUGCCGUGGUGAACCUAGGUGUUCCUCAAAACACUCUCCUAGUCCAGACUUUGGUGAGAGUUUGCCAGGAGAAGCUCAAUCAACUCGAUAACCGAUGUAUCUCAGUUUUGGCAACUACUUUAGCAGGGCUGGAUAAAGACAGGAAUGUGAGUGCUCUUCAAGCUGGAUUACAGUUACUAGUGGAGCAGCGCAUUCCAGGUAUCAGAGACAUCUUUAUACUGCAAAACCUGAUGAAAUGCAUGGGAAAAGAUGCUCCAGUCUUUCUGAAAAAGAAAUUAGAGGUGGCAGUUUUGAAAGAGAUAGACCAUCUGACUUUAGAGACUGCUCUGCGUCUGGUUUUGGCUCUUCUUGAAAUGAACUAUUGUUCCAUUCCAAUCCUGAAUGCCUGCAGUAAAACGAUCCAGGACAAUGUCCACGAUACUCAGAUUCGGCAGUUAAUCCUUGUUCUGGAAACUUGUAACAGUCUCCAGUACCGUAAUCUAAAACUGUUUUCAGCAUUGGCAGACUAUGUGAAUUCUACUGCCUGCCUCUGGGAGAAAAGACAGAUUAUCCUUUUUAUUUCUGCCUCUGAGACACUUGGCUUUCAGCCUAGUGAGCUGAUGGGUACUUUUGCUAAGAAGGUGACAGAAGACCCUGAAUUCCUCAACUUGAAAAACCUCUUGGUUGUUCUCCGAGUGUAUUCACGACUCAACUAUGUUCCCUGCGGCGAAAAGCAUCUGUUUUUCGAGACUCUUCAUAGCUGCUUGAAUAAAUACCUCCCUCAGAUAUCCAACACAGACCUGCUGAAGGCAGUGUAUUCAUUUUGCAUCUUAGGAUACCUUCCUCAUCGUGCACUUGAUGUGCUCCUGCAAAAGGACAGCAAGAAUGAACUUCUCCCGUCAGAUGAUCUGUACAAAGAACAAAAUGAACAGAUGCUUUGCUGUGUGAAAGCAUGUAUGGAGCUUGAUAGCCCUUCCUUCACAAAGCCUGCAUUUGUGCCGACUGAGGAUUUCUCUUUACUAGUAUCUCUCAAUCUCAGAAAGGCUCGGGAGGCACUGAUAGAACUUCUGGGAGAUGAGAACAUGUUUCGGGAAAACGUUCAGCUGCCAUAUAAAUAUCAUAUUGAUUUUGAAAUCAGAAUGGAUUCAGACACAAAGAAGGUGCUCCCAAGAGCUGCAACAGAUGAUCAUGCUGACCCAAGUGUUCAAAGAUUGGCUUUUCUCUUUGUUCCUCUGUCUGCCUUCUGUGUGGGUACAAUGCACCCUCAAGGGAAGCUGGCAGUGAAGCAGCGGCAUCUAAACAAACUGGGCUAUCAUGUGAUUCUGGUAAGAAGAGCUCUUUUCUUUUUGGUCCUGUUUUCGGCACAGAGAAGA